AGGUCCUGUAAGUGAGAGAAAAUGGGGUCUGGCUGCCUGAAAGUCACCAAGUACUUCCUCUUCAUCUUCAACCUCCUGUUCCUUAUCCUGGGUGCUGUGAUCCUGGGCCUUGGAAUAUGGGUGCUGGCCGACAAAACCAGUUUCAUCGCGAUCCUGCAGAUGUCAUCUCCUAACCUGAAGACUGGUGCCAGCAUCCUCAUUGGAGUUGGGCUAGUCACCAUGCUGAUGGGGUUCCUGGGCUGCCUGGGAGCCGUCAAGGAGAUCCGCUGUCUCUUGGGCCUGUACAUCAGCUGCCUGCUGACAAUCCUCAUAACUCAGGUUGCUGCUGGCCUGGUCAUCUACUUCCAGAAGCAAACGCUGAAGGACGAGCUGGCCAGCGUCGUGCAGGACCUGAUUGAGGACUACGACCCCAAGGCCGAGGGGCAGAAGAAGGACUUGCAGGAGGUGUGGGACUAUGUGCAGAAGCAGCUCUCCUGCUGUGGCUGGAAUGGACCACAGGACUGGGAAAGAAAUGAGAUUCUGCUCAACCAAAGUUUGGCCAAGUAUCCCUGCACCUGCUCCAACCACUCCAAGGAUGCUGAGGAGAACAAGGGCUUCUGCUACAUGCCUUGGCCAGUCACUGGCAAUGUAACCUCUGCUGACUGGCCUGUCCAUGAGCAGGAAUGCACAGAUAGUGUGGAGAUAUGGCUGAAGGACAACCUUGGCAUCAUCCUGGGGGCCUGCACAGGUGUUGCUGUUUUAGAGCUGCUGGGGAUGGUGCUGUCCAUUGCCCUCUGCAAGAACAUCCACAGCGAAGACUACACCAAAGUGCCCAAGUCCUGAGGCGGCCGACGCCGGCGGCACCGCGCGGAGAGGGGCAGGCAGAACCUCCCUGCUCCCACCCAGCCUCUCCAAGCCUUGAGCAUCCCUCCUGUGACAUCCCAUUUCUGACACCACUCUGCUAAGAACUUGUUAGAACCUGCAAUACAGCCUGAUCUGCUGGCAGUAGGGUCCUCAGACCACCUGCACCCGGCCUCUGGAUUAUUUCUCCUUCAAGAGGCAGAACUGCCCUGCCUCGUGGCACCUGAGGCAGCAGCUGAGCUGAGGGGACGAUGCUUUUGCUGCCUGCUCCAUGUCCAUGCUCUUCCAGAGCUCCAUUCUGCAGCCCCCUGGACACAGAACACCUCCCCCACCACCAUCUCUCCCCACACCUCUCUUCCCCUGCCCCUCCGAGGAGUCCUCUCUUUGUCCCUUGAGCCAGGAUUGCUGUUGAGAUCCCAGUGCUUUGGUAGCUUCACCUACUUCACUGCCCUGUGGUGGUAACUAGUUGUGCUCUCUAGGCCUUCUCCUCCCUUGCACUUAGCCUGAUUCAGCUGCUACUGUGCACCUGCAUAGGAGUGCUGCCCUCAUGCUCACUUCUGCUGCUGGAGACAGCCUUCAGUCAAGCUCCUCCCUUUUGAGCAUGAUGAGAAGCCACCAGGAGGGAGCCAAGCCUGCAUAGUCCUAGCAUGGCC